AUGGCUGAGAAGAGAUCAGAAUCGUCGAUUCCAGGCACAAAUCUUGCAUUGACGGCACUUGUCGUCAGUUUGGGUGGAUCGGCGAAUUUCGCCUAUCAUCUGAUCAUCACAAAUCCCGCUCAAGAAGCUUUCAUUCAAUUUCUGAAUGGAUCUUUUUACGAAAAACACGAAGAAAGAUUGGAUUCAAAUCAAUUGGAGACUCUCUGGUCAUUGAUCGUCUCGAUUUUGUAUUGGGGGACGAUCGUUGGAGCGCUGCUCAUUCAGACUCUCUCGCAGAAACUCGGUCGAAAACACGCGUUGACAGUCGUGAAUGUGGGACAAGUUGGGGCUAUCAUUUUAGCUCUUUUUGCAUAUUAUAUGAAUGAUUAUAUAAUCUACGGAAUCUCGCGGCUUCUUUUGGGUGUCGCUCAAGCGAUUUCCUUGGGAAUCGGUCCGAUGUACAUUGUGGAAUGCAGUCCAACGCGUUGUCGCGGAGUAAUUUCCCUGUCAACCGGCCUCAUCAUGCAAUCGUUUAUCGUCGUCGCGGCGAUUGUCGCCUUGCCGAAAAUUUGGGGAAACACAGAUUCCUGGUGGAAGUUGUACGCGAUCGAGUUGAUCGAACUCAUCUUUGUCAUCUCGAUUUCAUUCUUUUUGCCUGAGAGUCCAAGCGUUCUUCAAUUGAAAGGCCAAAAAGAAGCGGCUGAAGAAAGCAUUCAAUUCUAUCAUGGAAUAUCGAAAGAUGAGGCACGUCUUCUCCUCAAAGCGGAAAAUCGUGUAAACGACGCGAGAGAUUUGGGACUCUUUGAGGUGUUCAAGCACAAAUCGGCGGCGAUCGGCACGAUUUUAGGGUGUUUGGUGAUGUUUGCGAUGUGUUUCAGCGGGCUUGUCGUCGUGAACGCUUUCGCCGUCGAAAUCCUUAUUAAUACGGGUCUCUCCGUUGACGCGGCCUCGUAUGCAAAUGUGGGAAUAUGUGUGAUUUCUGUGUUCGGUGUUUUAUCAGCUGGUUUUGUGGUCGAUCGAAUGGGAAGAAGGCCGCUGGUGUUGCUGGGGAUUCUCGGGUGUUCGCUUGCGAAUUGUGCUAUUUUUGGAUUCAUGUUCGGCUUUGAGAAAACUCAGAAUUCGACCCUUGGCUGGGCUCUUGUGAUGACGAUUUGUCUCUUCAUCUUUCUCUGUUGUAUCUCGAUUGGUCCACUUUGUUUCUUUUUGGUCUCCGAGCUGGUCGAUUCAAAUGCUCGACCAGCGGCCGCCACAUGGGUCAAUUUGGUGUUAGGAGUGACUCGUUCAAUCCUUCUCGCCAUUUUCCUGCCAAUGAAGAUCGCAAUCGGUGCCUCGGUGACAUACAUUCUCCUUUUUCUUCCAUCACUCAUUUUUUGCCUAAUCGUUUUGUAUUGGAAAUUGCCCGAGACAAAGGGACGCACAUUUCCCGAGAUUCGAGCCUCAUUAAUGGGUGAAUCUCAUCUUUCAGAAGUGGAUGAG